CAACUUUCCAGAAGUUUCUUGGGACGGGGGCUGGAGGGGGUGGGGACAGCCAUAUAUAGAUCCGGGGCCUGAGGCAGCGGGCGGAGAGUACAGUCAACCCAAAGCAGCCCGGAGGUGAGACUCCCGGUCCCAGAGCCGGCCCGACCCAGAAUGAAAAAGGCAGGCAUUGACCUCCCUCUGAGGCAGUUUCAAGCCCUCACAGGUCCCCGGAGGUGCACACGACCCACCUUCCAGCCAUGCGCUUCCUCCCUUUACUUGGUACCCUGUGCCUCCUGGCCAUGGCCCUGGCAGCCGAGGUGAAGAAACCCGCAGCAGCCCCCGGCACCUCAGAGAAGCUGAGCCCCAAGGCGGCCACUCUGGCCGAGCGCAGCGCUGGCCUGGCCUUCAGCCUGUACCAGGCCAUGGCCAAGGACCAGGCUGUGGAGAAUAUCCUGCUAUCGCCCGUGGUGGUGGCCUCCUCCCUGGGCCUGGUGUCUCUGGGCGGCAAGGCGGCCACGGCCUCGCAGGCCAAGGCGGUGCUGAGCGCCGAGCAGCUGCGGGACGAGGAGGUGCACGCGGGCCUGGGCGAGCUGCUGCGCUCGCUCAGCAACUCCACGGCGCGCAACGUGACCUGGAAGUUGGGCAGCCGCCUGUACGGGCCCAGCUCGGUGAGCUUCGCCGACGACUUCGUGCGCAGCAGCAAGCAGCACUAUAACUGCGAGCACUCCAAGAUCAACUUCCGCGACAAGCGCAGCGCCCUGCAGUCCAUCAACGAGUGGGCCGCGCAGACCACAGACGGCAAGCUGCCCGAGGUCACCAAGGACGUGGAGCGCACCGAUGGCGCCCUGCUGGUCAAUGCCAUGUUCUUCAAGCCACACUGGGACGAGAAGUUCCACCACAAGAUGGUGGACAACCGUGGCUUCAUGGUGACUCGUUCCUAUACCGUGGGUGUCACAAUGAUGCACCGGACAGGCCUCUACAACUACUAUGAUGAUGAGAAGGAGAAGCUGCAGAUCCUGGAGAUGCCCCUGGCCCACAAGCUCUCCAGCCUCAUCAUCAUCAUGCCCCACCACGUGGAGCCACUCGAGCGCCUUGAGAAGCUGCUGACCAAGGAGCAGCUGAAGGUCUGGAUGGGGAAGAUGCAGAAGAAGGCUGUCGCCAUCUCCCUGCCCAAGGGUGUGGUGGAGGUGACCCACGAUCUACAGAAACACCUGGCGGGGCUCGGCCUGACCGAGGCCAUCGACAAGAACAAGGCAGAUUUGUCGCGCAUGUCGGGCAAGAAGGACCUGUACCUGGCCAGCGUGUUCCAUGCCACCGCCUUCGAGUGGGACACAGAGGGCAACCCCUUUGACCAGGACAUCUACGGGCGUGAGGAGCURCGCAGCCCCAAGCUGUUCUACGCAGACCACCCCUUCAUCUUYCUGGUGCGAGACACCCAGAGUGGUUCCUUGUUGUUCAUUGGGCGCCUGGUCCGGCCCAAGGGUGACAAGAUGCGAGAUGAAUUGUAGGGCCCUCAGGUGGGCACGGGAUGACAGGAAGCAGCAGAAGGUUCCUGAGACACAUGGGUGCUAUUGUGG